UAGCUUCAGUCGAUUUCCCGCUGACCAGGGAUCACGGCACGGGUAGACUAGUGCGCAAUAGACAGGACGGAUCGGAAUUGUUACUGUGGGACGAGACAACCGAGUAGGACGACUACUGGGUGGUUUUGAAGUUAGUUGUGGAAGUGAGCAGGAGUGAAUGAAGUGUCAUAAGCAUUAUAUUUUUGUAGUUCAGAAAAAAAACACUAUCAUAGAAUGUUUUAGCUGUAGAGAAAUUCUACAAAAAUAAAGAAGUCCACCGAUCGGUCAUUUAUCGUGCCCUGCCUCUUCCCACACUGUUACAACGAUCAUUGUUCGGACCAAAGAGCCUGGGACAAUCGCUUCAGCCUGGCAGUUACUAUUCAGUGUUUCAUCGAUAUAGUGUUGUGUCCUGUCCUGUACAAGUGAAGUGAACUAUAUUUAUAUUUAUUUCCCAAUUGCAAUAUAUUAACCGCCGGUACGGUCAACUGUUUGAAGCAGCGAAAAAUCACUCAUACACUGUUUUGUGAGCACAUCAGACAGCAAACCAGUCACCAUGAAUCGUCAAUUUCCGCAACGCCAAGAACUGACGGCGUCGGUGCCCGUCAAGCUGCUCACAGCCGGAACGGCCGCGUGUUGGGCCGAUUUCGUUACUUUCCCGCUUGAUACUGCCAAAGUUCGACUUCAGAUCCAAGGCGAACAGCCGGUGCGGACUGCGGCUCUAAAGUCGACAAACGCCGCCAGCAGCAUCGGUAGCAGCACCAUACAAUCACUCAGACUGAAUCCCACCACGUUCCCGGGGGUACAGCAUGUUCAGUAUCGUGGAUUAGUUGGAACCAUCACCACCAUCACCCGCCAGGAGGGUUUUCGGACUUUGUAUAGUGGUCUCUCGGCUGGCCUACAGCGUCAGAUGUGCUUCUCAUCGAUUCGGAUAGGGCUGUACGACACGGUGAAAACAUUGUAUUCAUCUAUUUUUAAAGAAAACGAAGCUGGUCUUCAAAUCAUCACACGAGUUUGCGCAGGUUUAACAACGGGUGGACUAGCGGUUUUGCUAGCCCAUCCGACUGACGUGGUUAAGGUGCGCUUCCAGGCGGCUUCACGUUCAGCAACGGGUCGUCGGUAUACUUCCACACUGGAAGCUUAUCGGACGAUUCACCGCGAGGAAGGUGUACGAGGACUCUGGAAGGGAACCGCUCCAAAUAUUGGACGUAAUGCGAUCAUCAACGUAGCCGAAAUCGUUUGCUACGAUGUGGUGAAGGAUUGUCUGCUGACCUACACCCACAUUCCCAACGAUGUUCGUCUACAUUUCAGCGCCGCUGUGAUAGCUGGAUUCGCUGCCACUGUAGUCGCCUCCCCGGUGGAUGUUGUUAAAACCCGUUACAUGAAUUCUCCCAAGGGACAGUACCAGGGUGUGGUUGAAUGUGCCAUCAAGAUGGGCAGCAAAGAGGGUAUGGCUGCUUUCUACAAGGGAUUCGUGCCCUCGUUUGCUCGUCUAGUUUCGUGGAAUAUUGUGAUGUGGAUUUCCUAUGAACAGCUUAAAUUACUUUUAUUUAAACCGCAAAUAAUAGAACGUCGUUACUAGUCACUAAGUACGUAGAUAAUAAGACAAUGGGGGAAAUUCUAAAGAAGCCUUUUUAUUGGUUGAUAUUGUGAUGUACAUCAAAACAAAGAGAAGAUUGUUAGCGAAUAUAUACUGUAGAGAUCUUUAUUUUAUAAUACCUACUUUACAACAAUAGAAUAA